AUGCCCUCCGCCAUUACGAAAAACAUAAUCGUCGGAGUCGACUUCGGCACAACUUUCUCCGGCCUCGCUUGGGCCGAAACACCCCAUCGGGCCCGGCCCACGGACCCGGAGCGCAUUUCAACGCUCACGGCCUGGCCAACCGGCGACGGGCUCGGGCUCGGGCGCGGAAUCACUUCGGCCAAGGUCCCAACGCGCCUGAGAUACGAAGGAAGCCAGACGCAAUGGGGGUUUAAUAUCCCGCUGGAUGCUCCGCAGCACGAAAUCCUCGAAUGGUUCAAACUAGACCUUGAUCCCAACCUCCCAACCAUCGGCCAACCCACAGGCGCCGAAAUCACUGGCGGCCGCUCCGCCGACGUCCUAGUAAAAGACUACCUCACCUCCCUCCUCAACCACCUCGCCUCUACCCUCGGUCUCCAAACCCUCUCCACCUCCCGGUUCUCCUUCGUCGUCACCGUGCCGGCAAUAUGGAGCGAAGAAGCCAAAACCGCCAUAACGACCGCCUUCCGCUCCGUCCUCUCCUCGCCACCCUGGCCCUCUUCCUCCUCCACAUCCUCCGGGCCCACCAGCGCGAUCCACAUCAUCUCCGAACCCGAGGCCGCCGCCCUCGCCUCCCUCAGCAACAACAAGAAACCACCCACGCUGAAGAAAAACGACACGGUCGUGGUCGUAGACGCAGGAGGCGGCACCGUCGACGCAAUAAGCUACACGAUAGCGAACCUCCACCCCCUCGAACUCGUCGAGGCAGCGCCGGGGUGCGGAGCGAUCUGCGGCUCGGCGUUCGUGAACAUGCGUUUCGGGAAGUACGCGAAGCUCAAGUUCGGGGAACACCCGGGGUUCACAGACGGCGUGUUCGCAGAGGCGAUGGAUUAUUUCGAGAGGGUGGCCAAGAGGGGGUUGGAGGUGAACACGCCGCCCGCGACGACGUAUCCAGUGCCCAUGCCCUUGGGCGACGACGAGGAGGCGCGAAGACUGGGCGUCGUGGAUGGGGUCUAUUCGCUAGGCGUCUCGGAGCUCAAGACGCUUUUCGAACCGGUCGUGUUGGAGACUAUAAAGCUAGUCAAGGAACAGGUGGCGGCUACGAAGAGCGGGCCCGUGAGCGCCGUGUUGCUGGUGGGUGGCUUCGCUGCUUCGACGUAUUUGUUUGAGAGGGUGAAGAUUGCGCUUGGGGAUGGUGUGGAGGUGCUUAGGCCAGAGGAUGGGUGGUCUGCUGUUGCUCGAGGAGCUGUUAUGAGGGGUUUGGAGAUUGCAAAGAAGGAACAGCUCGGCGGAGACGAAGAAGAGGAAGAAGAAGAGGAGGAGGGGGUUAGAGCGAGGGUUAGCUACGGAGUGGAGAGCGAGGUCGUUUUUGACGAGAAGAUGCAUGGGGAUGUGCGGGAGAGACGAUAUUGGUGUGCGAGGGAAGGCCGAUACAAGAUUCGCGUCAUGAACUGGUUCCUUAAACGUGGCCAACUCCUCCCCGAAUCUCCCCAAAUCAUCCCCUUCACGACAAGCCUUCCCUACUCCCUCAUCCGGCCCCCGAUCCUCUCGACAACGAUCUACGUAGACGUGAGAUCCUCCUCCCCGCCGCCCCUCCUCCGCGACGCUAAAACUAGGCGCCUCUGCUGCCUCGCUGCUCCUCUCGCCAGCUCCCCUCCUCCUCCCGCCGAACUCCCGCGCCGUAUCGGCCUCGAUGGAAAGUGGUAUUACUCCAAUGUUGCUUUUUCUCUCGAGGUUUCCGCUCGAGAGGAUAUGACGGCUUUUUCUUUGAUGUAUAAGGGCAAGAAAUACCAAACUGCCACCCUCGAGAAGAAAUAG